CCUCGGCCCGGGAUGCCCCUCGGCUCGCCCCGGGCUCACGUCCCGAUCGCGGCUUGAGUGGCCCAGGGCGGGGAAACCUGGAAGUUUUAGCCUCGCUGCUCCUGAGGCGGAUUAAUUAGCCCGAGAAACAUUAUAUUCAUGCUUAGGUGGAGAAAAGCAGGGCUAGAAUUGGAACCCAAAGCCCAGAAUGGCAGGAGAGGAUGUGGGGGCUCCACCCGAUCACCUCUGGGUUCACCAAGAGGGCAUCUACCGCGACGAAUACCAGCGCACGUGGGUGGCCGUCGUGGAAGAGGAGACGAGUUCCCUAAGGGCACGAGUCCAGCAAGUUCAGGUUCCCUUAGGUGACGCAGCUAGACCAAGUCACCUUCUUACCUCCCAGCUACCUCUCAUGUGGCAACUCUACCCUGAGGAGCGCUACAUGGAUAACAACUCUCGCUUGUGGCAGAUCCAGCAUCAUUUAAUGGUCAGGGGAGUACAGGAGCUGUUGCUUAAGCUUUUGCCUGAUGAUUAACCUGGUGCUGGGAUUCUAGGAAGAUAUGCUCCUCUGUUCUAUUCAGUAUAAGGCAAUCACUUCAUCCACCACUGCAGUGCACCCACCUGUGGGCCUGGGGGGAGGGACUGGGUUGAAAAACUGCUCAAGAACACAGAAGCUUAG